AUGCCUCGAGACUGGGUUCGUGAUGCGAUAAAGAGGGACGUGAGGCGAGCAGAGGCGGCCAAGAGAGGCGGCUUCGGAUCCAUUCAUAGGCCUAGAUCUAGACAGGAAAAGAAGAUACAUGUGGAGACCUUGGAUAAGGUUCCUUUUGAGCUGGUGCCGGCCAUGGAAGCUCGCAGAGGAGGAGUCCUCAUAGGCAGGCGUAGUAGGAUCAUUCUUGGCACUGACCCAGUGGAGAAGAUCCUCCGAAGAUACGCUAACGACCCGGCUGGAGAUAUGCUGGAGACCUUAUGCAAAGCCUGCGUUGAGCAGACCUCCCCUGACGAUAGUCUUGUGACAGGCGCAGACCGUCAGGCCCUCUUUGAUGAUCUUUGGCUCACUUUGGCCGACGGCGUCUCUGCUACCAUGGCCGAGACCACUCUAAGCAGCUUAGAUGCCGCUAUUGUUCUCAAGUGCUUCACCUACUGCGGUCGGACACCUCCGAAGCUACUCUUGUUGAAGUUACUGCGGCGUGUGGCUGGUCGUGGCUCACAGGGCUUCUCUGACUACGGCCUGGUCUAUGCCAUGCAGGCCGUCGGGAAGCUACCCACCCUCGAUGAGGAGGUUGCUGGGGUCCUUGGGAGCAUCUUCGCUCUGGGUCGUCGAAGCCUGAAAACUAUGGAGGUUGGCGUGCUUGGUCACGCCUUUGCGGCCGCCAGUGUGUUGAUGGGUAAAGAGGCCUUGCCCAAGUCUCUAAAAGUAGGGCAACUCCUGAUGAGCAUCUGUGAGAGCUGGAGGCCCGGUGUGGGUCGAANNNNUUGCGAGGCACUGGUUUGUAUUACAACGCAGAUCACCCCUGAGGCUCACAACUCAGUGAAAACAGUCAUGGUGGCAAACAGCAUAAUGAGUAUAAUGCUACCCGGUCUACCACGGUUGCUUCCUCCGAAUGGGUACAACUUGUAG